AUGAAUACAUAUCAAUCAACUCGUGUAACAUUUGUACCAAAACCAACGAAAUAUCGAACACAAUUGAAGGUUGAACCUGUUCGUAGUCAACCACACUGUGAAGAUACUGCUCUCAAUCCUGUCCUUCGUUGGAAUUCAACAAGCAUAACUGUAGCUGGACUUAAUAAUGCACCUGGUGUCAACGCUAGUCAACUCUAUACACCGACUGAUGUUGCAUUGGAUCCAUUCAAUACACUUUAUAUUCCUGAUUUCAUAAAUAAUCGAGUACAAAAAUGGCUCAUUGGAGCAUCAAGUGGUACAACAGUCACCGGUCAAGUAAAUGCAACUUUGAGUAACACUACAGGUUAUUUAAAUCGUCCUGCUGGAAUAUAUAUUGAUUCAAAUGACAACAUAUUCGUGUCUGAUAGUAAUAAUCAUCGAAUUCAGCUGUGGGCCAAUGGAGCAUUGGUAGGAACGCUGAUCGCCGGAACAGGUUCUGCUGGAACCGGCAAUAAUGAAUUUUACAAUCCAUAUAGUAUUGUACAAGAUUCAAGUACAAAAACACUUUAUAUUGGAAACUACAACAAUCAUAGGAUGAUGAGCUAUACAUCAGGUGCUUUACUAGGCUCUGUAGUGGCUAGAGGAGAUGGAUUAGGAACAAACAAUACACAAUUGAAUAAUCCAGUUGGAUUAUAUUUUGAUUCAUUUACGAAUAGUCUACUCAUUGCUAAUUUUAUGGCUAACAAUAUUGUUUGA